UCCUGUCACUAUUUGCACCCUCUUUAACUUGACAUCCAUAUAUACUCAUUACUACUUUACUACUACUGUUUCUCCUAGCUAUAAAACAUCACCAGGAUUUAAUUAAAUUCUCUAUAAGUUUUUAUCACCAUUAUUAAUCCCUCACUGCAAUAACACCUUUACAAUAAUGCUGCCAAGAAGUAGAACCAUGCCUUCAAGAAUCCAUCAUGGAGUUCUUGAAGAAAGACAAGAUAUUAUGCACUAUUCACAAGUUGGAGCUCGAACUGAUAUUGUUGAUACCGAGUCCCAAUCAAUGAAUGUUGAGUCCAACUAUUCAAAGAGCUUUGAUGAUGAUGGUCGUCUAAAGCGUACCGGUACCUUAUGGACUGCAUCAUCUCAUAUAAUCACAGCAGUUAUUGGUUCGGGAGUCUUAUCAUUGUCAUGGGCUGUAGGACAACUCGGUUGGGUUGCUGGACCGACUAUUAUGAUCAUGUUCUCCUUGGUCAUUCUUUACACUUCUAAUCUUCUAUCACAAUGUUAUAGGUCCGGUGACCCUGUCACUGGCCCAAGAUGCUAUACUUACAUGGAUGCUGUCAAGGCUCAUUUAGGGGGGCGUAAAGUGAAGAUAUGUGGCAUGAUACAAUACCUGAAUUUAUUUGGGGUGGCAAUUGGCUACACAAUUGCAGCUUCUGUUAGCAUGUUGGCGAUAAAAAGAUCAAAUUGUUUUCACAGAACCCAUGGAAAAGACCCGUGUCAUAUGUCAAGCAACGGGUAUAUGAUAGCAUUUGGGAUCAUGGAAGUACUAUUUUCCCAGAUCCCAGAUUUCAACCAAGUGUGGUGGCUCUCUAUCGUCGCUGCUGUCAUGUCAUUCACUUACUCUUUUAUCGGUCUAGCACUCGGAAUAGCUGAAACGACAUCAAACAAGGAAAUCAAAGGGAGCUUGACCGGGAUAAGCAUAGGAGCGGUAACGCAUGUUGGUACAGUUACUGCCACCCAAAAGUUAUGGAGGAGCUUUCAAGCUUUAGGAGCUAUUGCUUUUUCAUAUUCUUAUUCCAUCAUCCUUAUUGAAAUUCAGGAUACAAUUAAAUCACCUCCUGCAGAAUACAAGACGAUGAAAAAAGCAACUUAUUUAAGCAUUUUUGUCACGACAAUCUUCUAUAUGCUUUGUGGGUGUAUGGGCUAUGCUGCUUUCGGGGAUGAGGCACCAGGGAAUCUUUUGACCGGGUUUGGGUUUUAUGACCCAUAUUGGCUACUUGAUAUAGCCAAUAUUGCCAUUGCAGUGCAUCUUGUUGGUGCUUAUCAGGUUUUUUGCCAACCAUUAUUUGCAUUUGUCGAGAAAUGGAGUGCACAAAGAUGGUCAAAGAGUGAUUUUGUGACCGCAGAUUACGACCUCCCAAUUCCAUUUUAUGGAGUUUUUCAGGUUAAUUUUUUCCGCCUGGUGUGGAGGACCACAUUUGUGAUCAUUACCACAGUCAUAGCCAUGUUGCUGCCUUUCUUCAACGACGUUGUUGGAUUGCUAGGAGCCUUAGGGUUCUGGCCAUUGACCGUUUACUUCCCCAUUGAAAUGUAUAUGUCUCAAAAGAAGAUCAAAAGAUGGACACGGCAAUGGAUUGGAUUUCAGAUACUUAGUUUGGGGUGCCUCUUGGUUUCUUUAGCUGCUGCUAUCGGAUCAGUAGCUGGUGUAGUCUUAGAUCUCAAAACUUACAAGCCAUUCAAGACUAGCUACUAAGUUCUAACAUGUUUGUUUUCUUAGUUACUAGUAUUUAGCAUGUACAUGUAUUGCUUAAACGCUACACAAUCCUGCAUUGAAAGUUUGAACUUAAAUAAGACUUUUGAUAUGUUUCUUACA